AAUCAGGUUCUUCCUCCCCCUCCCACCCAAAACGCUAGAAUCCAAGUAUCCCUUGCAAACCCGCGAAUCUUCCCUUCGCUUCCCCACCCAACACGGCACAACGCAACGCUCUCCUCCCCAAAUCCGACCGCCCAGGCGCCCACCGCCUCCGCCGCUCGCUUCACCCGAACCUCGCCUCGAGAUGGACGGCGAAGCGGCGGACCUCAACGACUGGGAGCUUCUCCUCACCUCCCCCACCGCCGCCGAUGAGGCCGCUGCGGCGGAGACGAGAGAUGGCGGCGGCGAUGACGAGGCGGGGGCGAUCAAGUACGAUUACUUCGAGCUUGGUUCGGAUGUGAAGUAUCCGGAGAGGGUUUCCUUCUCGAAGGAGUUGGAGGAGGAGGGGGAGGGGGAAGAGGAGGAGGGGGUGGCGUCCGGCAACGCGAGCUGGGUGGAGCCCGACCCCGACGACCUCGUCUUCCCCGGCCCUGACCGCGCGGCGCUGUGGUCGGACUCGUCGGACGACGGGGAGAGGCGGGAGGAGGCCGAGGCCACCGAGCCGCUGCCGGUGGAGGCGGCAGCGGCGGAGGUGGAGGCGGGCGAGGGCGCGGUGACGAAGGGCGGAGGGGCUGGGGCGGGGGUGGUGCGGUGGUGGCACCUGCCGAUGGGCGUGCUCCGGGCGUGGGCGCUGCGGGCGGCGAGGAGCGUGUGGUCGUUGCCCGUCGCCGUCGCGCUGCUCGGCAUCGCCGUGCUGGGGCGGCGCCUGUACCGCAUGCGGCGGCAGAGCAAGGCCGUGGCGCGCGUCCGCCUCGUCCUCGACGAAAAGAAGGCAUCCCAGUUCAAGGCCCAAGCAUCACGCCUGAAUGAAUCUUUCCCAAUGGCACGCCGAGCUCCGAUCAUGAAGCCUCUGCUUCCUGCGAAUGGAGUGACCCCAUGGCCUGUGCUGGGACACAUCUGAGCUUGAGAUCGACGGCAUAGGACUAGUAAUACAAUUGUCCAAAGUUACUUGGCUUGUGAGCAUACCAUAUUGGUCCCUAAAGAUCUAGCCGCUAUACCGCUACUUGGAGUAUACACCUCUGGUUGUGGAAGGUAGUUACAUUCCCACUUUAUGUGGGAUGCCAUUUAGGCCUUCUCAGCUUUCAUGUUUCUUUUGUACCUUAUAAUUUUCUUCUGUAGUGUUGUGUUACCAUAUGCGCUUGAACAUUGUAUCUGUAAUUCUGUAUAUAUGACAAAGUAACCAUACAGAUUGGGAGUUUGAAACUGUGCUCAGCUUCCUUUCGCUACUGUUAAUUUAGCUGUUUCCGUGCUGA